AUGAACGAAUUACCACCAGUUAUUUCUUUAAAUUCUAGUACCAUAUCUGCUAAUGAUAUUGACCUCUUUUACAAAACUAAAAAGGAUUUUAGUAAAGGUAUAUCACGCAUAGACCUGCAUAGGUAUUCUGUCAAGAAUGCGCAGUAUACUGUAAAACGUAUUAUUGAAUUUUUUUAUUACAACCAAUAUUGUAAUACUAUCCUUUUCAUUACUGGAAGAGGAAAACAUGCUAAUAACAAAGGUGAACGUGGUAUUCUAUUCAAGCUAUUCCCACAAUGGCUGGAAGACGAAAAUAUUUCUCAUAUGAUAGAGAAAUGCGAACCCCGAAUAGGCGCAUAUAAAGUCACUUUAAAGAAAAACAAUAUUGAAUCUCCUCUUGGGGAACCUCUUAAUUUGGUCGUAAAUAAUUCCGAAACUAAUCCCAAUAUAAAUAUUGAAUCUCCCCUUGUGGAGCCUCUUAAUUUGGUCGUAGAUAAUUCCGAAACAAAUACCAAUAUAAACAUCGAAUCUUCCCUUGGGGAGCCUCUUAAUUUGGUCGUAGAUAAUUCCGAAACAAAUACCAAUAUAAACAUUGAAUCUCCCCUUGAGGAGCCUCUUAAUUUGGUCGUAAAUAAUUCUGAAACAAAUACCAAUAUAUACGAGCCCGAGCAGAAUAAUCUUGUUGAAACUAGCUCAGACGCGAUUUCUGAUGUGCAACAAAGCACCCCGCUCGAACUUGUCUUGAAGUCUGAAUUUCUUCAUUCAUUAGCAGAAAUGGAUUUACCCAAUUACCAAUUUUAUCUUGGUGUAAAAUAUCAUACUGGUGAUGGAAUUAAAAAAGACGACAAAGAAGCAGCAAAAUGGUUUCGAAAAGCAGCCGAACAAGGUUUGUCCUCUGCACAAUUUAUGCUAGGUUUUUUGUAUAUGAUCGGGAUGGGUGUGCAACAUGAUAUUCAGCAAGGAUUACAUUGGUAUCAUUUGGCUGCAAGACAAAAUGAUCCCAUUGCUAUGAGAAACAUUGCGUAUCAUCAUUUAACCGAAAAGGAUUACAAAAAUGCAAAAGAUUGGUUUUGUAAGGCAUAUGAAGCUGGUAAUGCUGAAUCCGCAAAUCAAAUUGGCAUCAUGUAUAGUUUGGGGAAAGGAAACUCACGUGAUCUUCAAAAAGCUGAAGAGUGGUUCCGAAAAUCUGCUGAAGCUGGUGACAGUCAUGGAAAAACAAAUCUAGGAGCUCAAUUAUUAGAAAAUGGUAACAAAGAAGGAGUCAAAUGGAUUAGAGAAGCCGCUAUAGAAGGAAUAGCUGUUGCACAAUUGCAUUUAGGAGAAGUUUAUUAUUUACAAGGCGAUGUUGAUGAAGGAAAAAAAUGGUUUUUAGAAUCAGCGAUACAAAAUGCGGGUAAACCUAGCGGACAUGCACAAUUUAUCCUAGGAAGUCUUACAAACGAUUCCAAACAAAAAUUAGAAUGGUAUCGGAAAGCUGCUGAUAACGAUAUAAAAUUAGCACAAAAAGAGCUUGCGAAAAUGCAUCGUAGUGGAUCUUAUGGUCUGAAGAAGGAUUGUGCUAAAGCGAUUAAGCUAUAUAACGCAGCUGCAAAAACUACAAAGCAUUAUGGCUAUGAUGAAAAAGGAAAUCAAUAUGCACAGUAUAGUUUAGGAGAAUGCUAUGAGUUAGGAUUAUUGAAAGUAAAGAAAAAUCCUAAAAAAGCACUUAAUUGGUAUAAAGAAGCUGCAAAACAAGGAUAUAUGAUGGCACUUACAAGAUUAGGAAUCAUACAAGAAAAUAAUCUAACUUUGACGGAAAUUCAGGAAAGGCUAAAAGGAAUACAUACACUUCCGACGUCAAAAGAAUUAGAAAAUGUAGACAUAUUAAUAUAUUUAAAUGUUUACAGUCAUUCAACUAGAUCUUAUACUUUCAAAAGAAAAACUGAUAAAUUAAAUAGUGAUGAUGAAAUUUGUGGAUAUAUGUUUUUUAAACGCGCCAUAAUGUCCACAACGUCGCAAUCAGUAAUGUUGCAACCAGUUGAAACAUCGGCCUUCUCAAGGAUGUGUUACUCG